UUCUCGGCGUUUUUGUUUCCAUAUCCUAAUUCUUGAAUGUGAUUCUUAAUUUUAAAAUAUUUUAUAUACUGCUGUGUUGCUUGUGUCUCUAAUCAGUUUAAUUUUAAAAAUUGGUUAUUAAAAAGAACCAGCAACGUGUAUUGAAUAAAAAUAUAAUUUUUGGAAAGUCUGUUUCAUGAGACAUUUCUCAGGAAUAAACAAGAAGUUAGUAUGGCAGACAAAACUUGUAGAACCUGUGGCAAAACUUUUGAGUCUGAAAGUGAAUCGGGCCUUUGUCAACUGUUCAAUUCUAAAGAAUAUGAAAACGAACUCAAAAUGGUUUUAGAAGAAUUCGAAAUAUGGAAUUUAAAUAUAGCCGAAAAUGAUAAUCUACCGCAAAAAAUUUGCCUCACCUGCUUCGAUAGCUUUUGUCAAAUUCACAACUUUCGUGUGAUGUGUAUUGAAGCACAAAUGAAUUUUGGAGAAAUGUGUACGGGCUUGGAUAUAUUUAUAAAACAUGAAUUGACGGACGACGAUGAUGAUUUUCCAGAAAAUUGCGACGGUGAAGAGUUGAUAAUUGUAAAGGAGCGUUAUACAUUUCCUGGUGACGAGCUUUUGAAAACAACCUCUACAGAAGAAGAAUCAAAUGUUGUUGUACCUUCGGAUGAUGUUAUCGAUGAAGAUAAAUCACAACUUUUACAUUCUUCCAAUGACAAUGCCAAUGACAAUGUCAAUGACAAUGCCAAUGAUAAUACCAAUGUCAAUACCAAUGAAAAUGCCAAUGACAACAAUAAUGAAAAAGAAAUCGAGAUAGACGAAAGUAUGAUCGAUUUGAAAAAAUAUAGAUGUGAGUUUUGUAUGGGUUUUGUGAGUUUCGAUGACCCUGAUGAACUCAAUACACACUAUAAUGAACUGCAUUCUACUGAAUCACCAUACCCCUGUCCCAAAUGCGAUUUAAAAUUUGACAAAAAAGCAAAGCGAAAUAGUCAUGUCCGUUGUCAUUUUGAAGUGACCCCUCUCGAAUGCAAACAUUGCGGUAAGAAGUUUCGAGGAGAUAAACUUAUGAUGGCGCAACAUGUAGCCUACUAUCACGUUGACAAAAAUCGACAGUGUCCAAUAUGUCAUCUAAAGUUUGAAAGUAUUUCCUUGAAACGGUACUACUAUCACAUGAUGUGGCAUAACGAGACCAAGCUUCUGAGAUGCAAGUUUUGUGACAAGAAAUUCAUCCAAAGCCCUCACUUGCAAUGUCACUUAAAAACUCAUGCUGAUGAUGCACAAUUUAAUUGCAAGAAAUGUGGAUUAGGAUUCAAGAACUCAAUACUUCUUAAAAAACACGUGCUUUUGCACGAAAAGAAAGAAUUAGUGCCAUGCCCAAAAUGUCCUAAAAGAUUUUUCACACGAGUUGGUAUUAAGCUGCAUAAUAAAAAAGUCCAUGAUCCAAAUAAAAAGCCUGCUUAUUGUGGUAUUUGCGAUCACACUUUCAACUACCAACAUGACUUGGUACAUCACAAUCACAAGAAACACGAUGGCCCUGCUCCAAAAGUUGUUAAACGAACAGCAAGACCUGGAACAGCCUCAUCGGCUAAACGUAAAAUAAUAAAAAAACACAAAACCAAGGAAGUUAUAAAGCCGCACAAAUGUGAUAAGUGUGAUGAUGCAUUUGUCCUAGAAAUACAAUUGCUGAAGCACAUGAAAGUUCAUGAGGAAUACAGACCUCAUCGGUGUGAAUUCUGUGCGAAGUGUUUCAAACGAGAGGCACAUUUAAAAUUGCACGUAGAUAAUAUUCAUUUCCAUAAAAAACCACACAAGUGCACAAUUUGUGGAGCGGCAUUUGCACAGAGAAGUCAUUUAGGUGAUCACCAUGCCGUAAAACAUCAAAAUAUAAGAAAGCACGAAUGUAAAACUUGCCACAAGAAGUUUGGAACUUGGCAGAUUUUAAAGAUACAUAUGCUUAUGCAUUCAAGCGAUAGACCUCACGUUUGCAAAAUAUGCCAUAAGGGUUUCAAGCAAUUGAUGGUACUCAAAUCACAUAUGUCAAAUGUUCAUCUAUCGAAAAACAGGAUGCGAAAGCGACGAGUUCCAGUAACAGAAGUUGUUGAAGCCAAAGAAGAAGAAGAAGAUUUAUCGGAGCUUUUAAAUGAAAGCUAAAUAAAAAGAUACCUACUAAUAGGAUAGAAAUAUAUAUUUUUAGUUUACAAUAUUCGAAAUAAACUUAAGUUUACUCUUUAAUGAAAAAGAAGAAGUUUCCAUAACCAUCA